CGCUAUAUUGUUGUUGAGGAACAGCCGCGCCGCCCCCAACAACAGUAAUUUAAAACACCCCAACGCGAGCGGACGCCAGUCAUUUCUUGCGCUUAGCGGGAAUUUCGUGUUUUUUGCGUGUUUCGGAACCGUGUUUACCGCCGUCUUUGUCGCAUUUACAUGCUCUAGCUAAACGUAAUCUAUUACUCCGCGCCGCCUAAACAAAUAGCCGUGCCGACAGUGGCCAAAGUGCAAUUGAGGAACCACAGCCUAUUUCAUACAGUGUCUGCCCGCGAAAUUAAUAGGCGCCGUUAUCUUGUGGAGAUAUUUUCCUCCUGCAUAACAGCCAAAGGCCAGCCAUUCCUCUAUCUCUCUCACACAAGAAAGAAUAAAUGUUUAUGGAGUAGUAAAGUAUAUAAAUGAAUAUAUAUAUCAUGUCCAGCGGAAACUAGAGGAAAAUCAAAGUUUAACAAACGUGUGUUUAUAUUUGUGUGGCCGCAAGUGUAGUCCCGUUCACUCUCUCUCUCUCUGUGUUUCUGUGCGUGUUCGUUCGCGGGUGUUUGUGUGUGAGUGAGCUGGCAAGCAUGUGUUUGUGAUUUUAUGUUGAAUUGAAUGCCGCCCUCCGCGCGCUCUCUCUACAGUUACAAGAUAAAUUUAAUUGAAAUUGUUUUUUAAUAUUUGCACCAAGAAGAACCUCCCUCCUAUCGCUGCCAGCAUUCCAAACCACAAGAAAAACAAUUGGAAAAAUCUACACGCAACAUGAAAAACGACGUCGUGCGAUGGAGCAGGCAGCCAACUAGCAACAUCAUUAGCAGCAACAGCACUACCAGCAGCAGCCGCAGCCGCAGCAACAGAAGCCACAACAGCAGAAGGCAAUGCAACAAAUUGAAGGUGCAACAUGCAGCAGCCUCACACACAACCGUUGCAGGCAACAACGCUGGGCAACAGCAGCAGCAACAGGAAGAACAACAAACAAUCAUUGAAUGUGAUAUAAGAAAUUUCAAUUUCAAUUGCAAUUUAUUCAAAACUAGUUUUUUAACGCAAUGCAAACCGAAACUAAGUGGCAGCAACAGCAACAGUGGCAGUGGCAGUGGCAGCAGCAACAACAACAACAACAACAACAGUAGACAUUCAACAAUAAGGAAAAGAAUAAUCAAUAUAGAAUGGGCAUUGCUGUUCAUUGUGCAAUUUAGUGCCCUAGUUUUUAUAUGUAAUUUUAAUGUCGGUUUCGUGGCCGGAAGUGUGGCAUCUGCCUCCUCCCCCGCACCAACGCCCGCUCCUCCGUCGCUCAAAGUGGAUGCCGGCCAAUCGCCAGUGCUGCCACCAUAUGUCCUCGACUAUGAGACGGGUGGCAGGGCCAAGCUGACUCCCAGCAAUGGGGGCAAGUAUGGCAACUCUGGUGGCAGCAGCAGCAGCAACAGCGGCGGCGGCAGCAGCAACAACGCUGUCGGACACUAUACACACACCUGGGCGGUGCAUAUACCCAGUGGGGAUAAUGGCAACGCCGAUGCGGUGGCCAGGGAUCACGGUUUCGUCAAUUUGGGAAAGAUCUUCGAGGAUCACUAUCACUUUGCACAUCACAAGGUCUCGAAGCGUUCCCUCUCUCCUGCCACACAUCACCAGACGCGUCUCGACGACGACGAGCGCGUGCACUGGGCCAAGCAGCAAAGGGCCAAGUCCCGAGCCAAGCGGGACUUUAUACGCAUGCGUCCCUCCAGGACCUCAUCGCGGGCCACCUCGCAGGUGGACGCCAUGCCCUUCGACGACGCCAAGUGGCCGCAAAUGUGGUAUUUGAAUCGCGGUGGAGGCCUCGACAUGAAUGUGAUACCCGCCUGGAAGCAGGGAAUAACCGGCAAGGGUGUGGUGGUCACCAUUCUGGACGAUGGCCUGGAGUCGGAUCAUCCCGACAUCGAGCAGAAUUACGAUCGCAAGGCCUCGUACGAUGUGAACAGCCAUGACGACGAUCCCAUGCCGCACUACGACAUGACGGACUCGAAUCGGCACGGCACUCGGUGUGCCGGCGAGGUGGCUGCCACGGCGAACAACUCGUUCUGUGCGGUGGGCAUUGCCUAUGGGGCAAGUGUGGGCGGGGUGCGGAUGCUGGACGGUGAUGUGACCGAUGCUGUGGAGGCGCGUUCGCUCUCGCUCAAUCCGCAGCACAUCGACAUCUACAGCGCCUCCUGGGGACCGGACGACGAUGGCAAGACGGUCGACGGGCCCGGCGAACUGGCCUCGCGCGCCUUCAUCGAGGGCACCACCAAGGGCCGAGGGGGCAAGGGCAGCAUCUUCAUUUGGGCCUCGGGCAACGGUGGUCGGGAGCAGGACAACUGCAACUGCGACGGCUACACGAACUCCAUCUGGACGCUGUCCAUCUCGAGCGCCACCGAGGACGGCCACGUGCCGUGGUACUCGGAGAAGUGCAGCUCCACCCUGGCCACCACCUACAGCAGCGGCGGGCAGGGCGAGAAGCAGGUGGUCACCACAGACUUGCAUCACUCGUGCACCGUCUCGCACACGGGCACCUCCGCAUCGGCCCCGCUAGCCGCCGGCAUAGCCGCCUUGGUCCUGCAGUCGAACCAGAACCUCACGUGGCGCGACCUCCAGCACAUUGUGGUGCGCACCGCGAAGCCGGCAAACCUCAAGGACCCCAGCUGGUCGCGCAACGGCGUGGGCCGCAGGGUCAGCCACUCCUUUGGCUACGGCCUGAUGGAUGCCGCCGAGAUGGUGCGCGUCGCACGCUCCUGGAAAACAGUGCCAGAGCAACAGCGCUGCGAAAUCAAUGCCCCCCACGUGGACAAGGUCAUUCCGCCACGCACACACAUCACUCUCCAGCUGACUGUCAAGCACUGCAGUUCUGUCAACUACUUGGAGCAUGUCCAGGCCAAGAUUACGCUCACAUCCCAGCGGAGAGGCGACAUCCAGCUGUACUUGAGGUCGCCGGCCAACACCAGUGUGACGUUGCUGACGCCCCGUGUCCAUGACAACUCGCGCAGCGGCUUCAAUCAGUGGCCCUUCAUGUCGGUGCACACGUGGGGCGAAUCGCCGCAAGGAAACUGGCAGCUGGAGAUCCACAAUGAGGGUCGCUAUAUGGGCCAUGCUCUGCUCAGAGAGUGGUCGCUGAUCUUCUACGGCACCACCCUGACCAUCGAUCCCAACGAUAGGAUUUCGGUGCCGCGUCCCAACAGUGCAGAGGCCACCACGCCCAACUCCAGCAGCAGCAGUGGCAGUGGCACCACCAGCAACCUCCAUCAGAUCUACUCGCCGCAGUAUCCGCGCAUCUCCCCGAACAACUUUGGGAACACACCGUCGAAUGGGGCCAAGCUGCCGCUGGGGGGCAAAUCAACGCCGAAUAAGUUGUCCGGCUUCGUGACGAACAAUCCUUUGAUGAAUUCGGGACCAAUCAAGCAGGGAUAUCAGCAGAUCUCGGCCACCUAUGGUGUGAUUCUUGGAAAGAACAAUCACAACAACAGCAGGGGGAACAACAACAACAACAACAACCAGAAGUCGAAGGCAAACAAGCCCAAAGGAGGCAAGGAGGAAAACAAGGAAAGGACUGGAGGAAAGAACAACAAUGCAGGCGGAGGAGGCAGCCGCGUCCAGAGCACCACUGCAGCCAGCAGCACCACCAGCAAAAACAAAUACUAUCGCAUAUCCCAGCAGCAGCAUCAGUCGGGGAAGGCCAACAAACAGGACCGAAACGGAGUGCAGACACCGCGACCCAAGGCCAAUUCGGGCGAGAAGUCCUCCUCGCACGAGGACAAGGGCCGCAAGGUUGUUGGGGAGAUCAAUGCCAGUGGACGCAACUCUACCGCUGCCUCCGCUCAGAACCUGCCUGUCAAGGCGACCAAACAGGUCAAGGGGCAGGACACCACCGACUCGCGGAUACCCAAGCUCUUUGAGCGAUACGAGAAGAUACAGGCGAUAUUCCCCGAGCUAGAGCCCUACGAAAGCAGUGCACCCAAGGCCAAAGCCAACAGCAACAGCAAUGCACAAAGGAAGCAGGGCAAGCAGUUCGAGGUGGACCUGUUCAAGCCCACGACGGGGGGCAACAGUCGCCAGGGGAACACCAAGAAGUCGCCAUCGGUGCCGCCGCCGCCAUCACAGGAGGGAGGGAGUAUCUUUCUGCCGGAUCUGCCGGCCGGCGGCAGUAGCUUUCUGCCCGACCAGAAGAUCCUCAAGAAGCAGCAGCUGCUGAUGGCCGCCGCUGGGGUCAUGGCGCCCGUGGAAGUGGAGGUCCAGGACUCAUCCAGGAAAAGCAGCAAUGCACCAAAUGCACAAAUCACACAAUGGGACAUGAUAUUCUAUGGCACGGAGACGCCUGCACAGCCGGAGGACCAGGCGAAUGUCAACCAACAGAAUCAAUUUAAUUUAUAUGGCAACGAUAUGGCGCACAAUGACAUCGAGUACGAUGUCACCGGCCAAUGGCGGAAUAUGCAGCAGGUGGGCGAUGUGGGCAUGGGGGCACAAGAUCGAAGCAACGCCGCUGCUUGCCUCAAGUGGAGCGAUCGAAAGUGCUUAGAGUGCAAGGAUCCGGCGUACAUCUACGAGGGCCUCUGCUACGACCAGUGUCCAAGGCAUACCUAUUCCCAUGACGAUGCACAGGAUCAGGACGAUCAACUGGAAGAUGCCAGCACGGAGGCCAGUCCCAGCACCUUCAGCACAGAUCACCCCAACAUUUCCAACAGCAUAGACGACAAGCAGGAUCCUCUGCAGGCGGAGGACCGUCGUCGUCGUCGCCGGCGCAACUCCCCGCUCAUUACCCCACUGUUGGUGGCACAGAGUCGGAUGUGUGCCGUGUGCCACAAGAGCUGCCUGGCCUGCUACGGGCCCCUGGCCUCCCAGUGCAGCACCUGUGCCCCGGGCAGUCAGCUGCGAAAGACCCUCAACGAGACCUUCUGCUAUGCCUAUGUGGUGCGCAGCACGGGCAUGGCCACUGUCGUGGAACUCUCCGAGGAUGGGAGCCACGAACAGGCAGUGAAUUACAUGACCGGAACAACGGUGCUGCUCCUGAUUGUACUGGUUUUCACCCUCGUGGGUGUGGCCGUGGCCGGGGGCAUUGUCUACAGCCGUCGCGCAUCAGCAGCGCGUUCCAGUGAACUAUACUCGCGGGUGGCCCUAAUGGCCGACGACGACAGUGACGAGGAGCACGAAGACGAGCUCUUCAGGACGCACAUAUUAGCUAAUACCAAGGAUGUAAUCGAGUAUCGGGACGAAAUACAGCCCGAGAAGGCGCCACCCGAAGAGGUUUUCGAGGCAGAAGACAACGACGAUGAUGAUUAGGGGGAAAGCAACCACCUGCCACCCUAGAUACGAGUAAACAUAUUUAUUUGUCUGUAGACCUCAUCUGCAUUUAGCUCCUUCUAGCCAACAGCCCAACCAUUAUACCACCAGAUCAUAAAUGGGUGAAUUCUCGCCCGGGUUCACCAUUUUGGUUAAUAUUUUGUUACAUUUUACACACUAUUACACAUUGUUAUACGUAUAAACCAAACCCCGAAAAUAGAUUAAAAAGUAUUAAAACAAACGAAAAUAAAUAAAUAUAUAUUUAAAUGGAAAA